AUGGCACGCCUGCUCCUCCCCGUCUCCGUCUCCGUCUCCGUCCCUGUCCCAGUCCCCAUCUCCGCUAGCAUUGUGCUGCCGUCGUCGUCUAGUACUGGUACUAGUACCGCGCGGCGCCGAGGCCGCAGCGUCUGCGUCCGCGUCGCUGUGCCCGCCACGCAAGGACAAGAAGGACCGGCGUUUGACCCCGCGGCGGCGCCACCGUUCGGGCUGGCCGACAUCCGCGCCGCCAUCCCCAAGCACUGCUGGGUGAAGGACCCCAGGCGCUCCAUGGCCUACGUCCUGCGCGACGUCGUCCUGGUGCUGGGUCUCGCCGCCGCCGCCGCGCGCCUCGACAGCUGGCUCGUCUGGCCGCUGUACUGGGCGGCGCAGGGCACCAUGUUCUGGGCGCUCUUCGUGCUGGGACACGACUGCGGGCACGGCAGCUUCUCCAACAACCCCAGCCUCAACAGCGUCGUCGGCCACAUUCUGCACUCCUCCAUCCUGGUGCCAUACCACGGCUGGCGGAUUAGCCACAGGACGCACCACCAGAACCACGGCCACGUCGACAAGGACGAGUCAUGGCAUCCCCUCCCCGAGCGGCUGUACAAGAGUCUGGACAGCGUCGUCCUGAUGCUGCGCUUCAGGCUGCCCUUCCCCAUGCUCGUCUACCCAUUCUACCUGGCCAACAGGAGCCCCGGCAAGUCAGGCUCCCACUUCCACCCGGCCAGCGGCCUCUUCCAGCCCAGCGAGAGCAACGACGUGCUCACCUCCACGGCUUGCUGGCUCGCCAUGGCCGCCCUCCUAGCUGCCCUCACCUUCCUCAUGGGCCCUCUGCAGAUGCUCAAGCUCUACUUCGUACCCUACUGGGUUUUUGUCAUGUGGCUCGACUUUGUUACCUACCUGCACCAUCACGGCCACAAUGACAAGCUUCCAUGGUACCGAGGAAAGGAAUGGACCUAUCUUCGGGGUGGCCUGACGACGCUCGACCGGGACUAUGGAUGGAUCAACAACAUCCACCAUGACAUUGGGACUCAUGUCAUCCACCAUCUCUUCCCGCAGAUCCCACAUUACCAUCUCAUAGAGGCGACAGAGGCAGCCAAGCCGGUGCUGGGAAAGUACUACAGAGAGCCGCAAAAGUCUGGCCCUCUCCCCUUUCAUCUACUUGGUGAUCUGGUUCGGAGUUUGAGACGUGACCACUAUGUCAGCGACACAGGGGAUGUGGUCUACUACCAAACUGACCCAAAACUGCAUUAG